AAGCCCUGGUAGCCAUUGCCGGUUCCCCUUUGAAAGUGUGAAUGUGAGGGCGAGUGAUCGAGGAUGGAGGACGAGGGAUUAGAAGAUUGGGACGACGCGGCUUUCGUCGAAGAACUCAUCCAAGUACAAGAGCGCGUCAUCUCCGAUUCUCAGCCGCCGUUAAAACCGGAACCGCCGCCGUCCUCUUCGAUUACCUACUCGCCUCCGCGCCACCUCUCCCAGCGCUCCAACGCCGUCUCCUCUUCCUCCGCAUUGCCGCCACGUGUUUGGACCUCCCAGAGGCUCGACAAGAAUCCCGAAAUUGGGCGCUUGAAGAUGGCUGCUGCUUCUUCUUCUUCCGCAUUGCCUCCUUGUGUUUCGGGCAACUCUGGAUGUGAUAAGGAACACGAAAUCGGGCGCUUGAAGAUGGAGCUUGGGCAUGUCUUGAAGCAGCUUUCAGAUUAUGAACAAGAGUGCUCAGAACUGAAGAAGGAAAGAGACAAAAAAGAUGAACAGCUUCAGUUUGUACUCUCAAGGAAUGAAAAGAAAGAUGGAGCUGCUAGGAACUCUGAUAGUGCAAACUUGGAAUCUUCUGUACAAUUACAAAUGGCAAGAGGUUCAAGUCAUCAGCCUAGUUCUCAGGUUCAUAUUGGUGAGUCAACCUCUAAAGCCACAGGCGUUCAAACUGAUGAAACUAGUGCUUCUGCCCAAGCAAUCCAUAAUGAUGACCAGCAUAUUUCUGAUAACCUCUCCAAGAAAUUGCUAGCUAUCUGGGGAUCUCCAAAUGAACAAGAGUUGGGAAAAAAUGUCAUAUCCAAUUUGCUUAUGGCUUGCCAAACAGAUUUCCAUUCUCUUUCUGGGUGCAUUGGCAUGAAUAUAUCCUCUAAACUGAGAAUGGACACUGCAGGAGAUGAAGGCUCUUGUAUUGCAGCUUCACAGAAUAUGCACAUAUCUCGUAACCCAGAAGUUGCAAAAGUGUCUCAUCUUUAUUCUGUCUUGACCAAGGUCAAUAAUGGAAUGAUGAAGUUGGAUGCUCUGUUUCAACCACUAGUCGACCUCUGCAGUCUUAAAAAUGUUGUCAUUGUCCAGGCAUCUCUACAUAUACUACAUGUGUUUCUUAAGCACCUUCUAAGUCUAGAAAGGCAAGUAGAAGGAAGGGUCAAUGUCAUGGUCGAGGGACUCGUAAGAAGGAAUCAGACAUCUUAUGUGGACUCUCUUCCAUUUGGAAUGGAUUUUUAUGCUGAAACUGAAAGCAAGAGUGGAGAUUGGAAUAACGGUGUUGCAAAUUUGGUUUCUCGUGUAGACUGGGUUUCACUUUCUGAGUUGAUCAUACAAACUGCCAUGAGGAAUACAGAACACUCCCUAAGGCUACAAGCAGUCUCUAUUAUGAAUGUCAUUGUAAUGAAAAGUAAUGCUUUUAUGGAGAGGGAAAUGUUUGGCCGGACACUGGUGUUUGAAAUGAUCGCAAAAUUGCUUGCAAAGGAAGCUGGUUUUGAGGUGCGAAAACAAGCCGUGCAACUUCUGUAUAUGCUACUGAAUUGUCCUAAAAUACUGGUUAAAUUCUGUUCCGGUUAUAAAGAGGAGAUGGAUGCUGGUGCUAUGGAUGAAAAUGCAGAAGAUGCUUUGACUUUUCAAAAGUACUGUAUGAUUCUUCAAGGAUUGGCAGAUUGUCUAGCUUGCUGUGGACACUGUCUAGAGGAGUUGAUACUUUGCCGAAAUGCUGUUCUUUUACUGGCUUUCCUAGCCUCAUCUGGAAUAUCUGGCUUUGAAAUACUUGCGAGUCACAAGCUGCUUCAAGAUGCAAACUUUCUAAUGUUAAUAUUACAAGUUUUGGCAGCAGAAGCAGAUCAGACAGCAGUUAAUACUAAGCAACAACAUCAGCUUUACAAAGAAAGGACCUUGCUGGUACGGGAGGCCUUGAUAUUGCUUAACAGAUUGGCGUCAAACCCAUCAUAUUCUGCAACUGUCCUGCAUGUAUUAACAAACAGCAGAGACAUGGCCAGUUUGGCCAUUGAUGUUGCGAGCAGGUUGUCCCGGAAAGACCAGAUAUAUGAGAAGUUUGAAUGCAGGCCGGAAUCUGAUGUUGGUGACCUAGCUAGAGUCUUUAAGAAAAGGGUGUUCACAUAUUUAGGUGAUAACAUAUUCUAAAACCCUUAGUGCACUUUUGGUACACAUUUUUGUAAAUUCUAGGUAUCAACAGUAUACAAGUUGCCACCAGAGCUGUGCAGUGCAAAUUCUUAGAAUGAGCCCUUAAGCCGGAAAUUUUGUUAUAUGCUGGCACCAGUUACUAUGGAAAGUUUUGUCAGGUCGCUCAUUGUAUGAUGGAAUUGUUGUAAUGAUCAAAUACAUGGUUACUGUGUAUAUAAAAGAAUCAGCUUCUACUGGUUAUUUUGGCUCUA